CGCUUGACGGUAGACUGUAAAAAAACUAAAAAUAAGCAAGUAAUAAGCAAUGAACUAGACAGAGCCUGAAAUUUAUAUUUUAAAAUUUAUAAACUUCGUUUUGUUUUGUGUACAUUGUAAAUAAAUAAUAACUAAUCGAAAAUGUCUAUCAUAAUCUUCUAUAAGAGUAUCUACCUUUAAAAAAAGACAAUGUUCCACAAAGCUGAUAACCCCAAAGGCAGUUUUUUAGAGCAUACAAAAGCAGCCAGGGAAGAAAGGGCCUUGGAAAAACGUAAGGAAGAGGCUAUUGUCCUUAUCCAGGCUCAUGUAAGAGGAUGGUUGGCAAGAGUUAAGUUUGCCCGUGGAAUUUUGGAGGAGUUUGACAAUGCCAUUCCAGAACUUCCAGAGAACCACACAAAACAAGAUUUCAAACCAGUUUUAGAAAUUUACCAACAGAGCCUAAAACUGCUAUUAAUAUGGAACAAAGAAAGGGAUUCGGAACGCUUCGCCAAACUAUGCCGCUAUUUGGUGGCAUCACUUGAUUGUGACUCGCCUAAAUUUAGUUAUGUAGGCGUAGCACUAAAUAAAGAACAUGUGAUAAAAUGGAUCUCUCAUAUGAACAACUUGUUAUGGAAGUGCUGCGAAUAUUUGGAUGAAUUAAAAACUGAACUGGCCACUAAUAUGAAAUUAAUUGUAUUAUAUUUACACAUGCUUGUGUCAUUUACCAGCACCAAUACAUGGAUGGUAUUGAAAAACAAAAACAUGGAGGUCUUGAGGAGUGGAAUGAAUCAACUUUGUGCCAAUUUAAUGGGACAAUUGUUUCACAAAGGGUUUUAUCUUGUUUUAAAGAAUCUCCUAAUUAGAGGCCUAGGGAGGAUAAAAAUUGCAAUCAAAUCAGUUUCAAUCUCAGCAAUUUUGACGCUUUCCUUAAGACCAUUACUAUCAGCAAAUUUCUCUGACAAAUUCAUGAGUAUAUUUUUGAUAAACAUACUUUCUGUGCCAGGACUUGUGCAUCACCUUCAAAAUUUAUCCCCGGAGACAAUAUCUACCUUGUACCAGAAUAAAAUUUUUACUAAAAGCUUGGAGUUACUUUCCAGUCAACAGUCAAUGAGGAUAGUCUUCAAUGCGCUUGAAGGCAAUUACGCUUUAUGUUUAUUAUCAAACUUAAUUCAUUUGGGAUAUAUUGAAAGAAAUACUACAUUGAGAGAUUUGAGCUUUCCUACUUUUACGGUUGUUGUGACGGGUCUACUUGAAAGUUGCCAACACUAUGUUGUCAGUAAACAAUCGGCUCUAACCCACUGGCAUCCAGUAUUGGGUUGGUUUGCCCAACCAACGGAUCCUUGCCUCCACGCUGCCAUACCCCACAUUAAACUGCAACUGCAUCUUUUAUGGAAUAUUGAAAUCAUGAAAAUACUUUUAGGAAAUUUCUUAUCUGAACUGGUCCAAGGUGUUGAUCCGCCACAGCAAGUUAGUCCCACACAAUCGUCUGGUAGUAAUUUUUUAAAAAAGAUUUUGGAUCAUCGUGGAAAUAAAACCAUGACUUAUAAAACGUUUAGGGCCCUUGGAAGUCCAGAAGUUCAUAGGGUUGUGCUGAUCUGUUCCUUGUAUCAUACUGCUUUACAUACUUUAACUCAACUUCAAUUGGAUAUUUUAACAGGGUUGUGCUACCAGAACACUAUUUUAUAUGACUUAUGGUUAUUCCUUUGUUCACUCGGACCAAAUUGUGGAAUGAAAACUUUUCUGGAUCAUUUAGCAUUCAACACAAAGUGUUCGGCGCCCGAAUUUCAAAUGCUACAACUUUUUGCUGACUGUAUGACUCAUUAUGUAACUUUAUUGGAUGACAUGGAAAUGUACGAAAAACAAAAACCAUUUAGGUUAGCUGAUUUUGUAGCGAUGUCAAAUUUUUUAAAUGUAUUUUUAUACAAAGGUGUUUUAGGAAACUUAUUUGAUAUUAAAUCAAUCCCAACCAAUUCCCUAUUUGUUUCGUUACACACUCUUUUAAUGGUUCUCUACAAAAGAGAUUGCUGGCACAGCUACACUCCGCCCGGUCAUUGGCUGAUAAAAGACAUGAAAGUCUCUUCCUUUCUAGUGGAUUUAGAAAAGGGUAGAAGGGCUCCUCAGUUGCUUCUGCAGACGAUGCCACAUAUCAUACCGCAUGAAGACAGAGUCAGAUUGUUCAGAAAAUAUAUCAUCAAUGAAAAAACUGUACUUGGGUUGACUGAGUCUGUUUGUGUUUCACCUCAAUCCACUUUGAUUACUGUACACAGAAAUCGCAUAGUUGAAGAUGGUUACCGCCAAUUGACCAUCUUACCCCCUCAAGCACUGAAAGGUGUAAUCCGAGUACGUUUUAUUAACGAAUAUGGCUUGGAUGAAGCUGGAAUCGAUCAAGAUGGAGUUUUCAAAGAAUUUCUAGAAGAAAGCAUCAAAAAAGUCUUUGAUCCAGCGUUAAAUUUGUUCAAAGCUACUAGCGAAGAAAGGCUAUAUCCAUCGCCUACAUCACAUCUUCAAGAUAAUCAUUUACAGUUAUUUGAGUUUACUGGAAAAAUGCUUGGCAAGGCUGUGUAUGAGGGAAUUGUUGUUGAUGUACCUUUUGCAUCGUUUUUCCUUAGUCAAGUAUCCGGACAAACAUCGCAAGCAAUGUACAGUUCAGUGGACGAACUACCAUCCUUGGAUCCAGCCUUGUAUAGAAGUUUAAGUUAUGUUAAACACUAUGAGGAUGACGUAUCAGAGUUGAACCUAACUUUUAGCGUUGAUGAGGAUCAUAUGGGAAAAGUUGUCACCCAUGAGCUUAUACCUGGUGGUAAAGUCGUACCUGUGACAAAAGAGAACAUAAUAAAUUAUAUUCACCUCAUGGCUCAUUUCCGUAUGCACGUGCAAAUAAGGGAACAAACAGCCGCUUUUAUCAAAGGAUUUAGAUCGAUUAUUAAUCCAGAUUGGCUCACUUUAUUUUCAACCCCAGAACUGCAAAGACUUAUCUCCGGUGACAAUAUUCCAUUGGAUUUAAGAGACCUGCGCAAAAAUUGCCAAUAUUACGGCGGUUUCCAUGAUUCUCACAGGGUGAUUGGAUGGCUUUGGGAUAUACUAGAAAAGGAUUUCAAUGACGACGAACGCGGGAUGUUCCUCAAGUUUGUUACAAGUUGCUCCAAACCACCUCUAUUAGGAUUUGCUCAUUUGGAACCGCCAUUUUCUAUAAGGUGCGUUGAAGUUGGAGAUGAUGAGGAUACUGGGGAUACCAUAGGAAGCGUUUUCAGAGGUUUUUUCACAAUACGAAAAAAGGACCCACAGAAUCGCCUACCGACUUCCUCUACCUGUUUCAACCUACUAAAAUUGCCAAAUUAUCAAAAAAAAAGUACUUUAAGAGAAAAAUUAAGAUACGCUGUCCAUUGUAAUACUGGUUUUGAGCUUUCUUAAUCUUUUUCAACAAUUUGUGAUAUUUUGAGUCCAAGCAAAAAUGAUAAAAAUAUUAUUUCCAUUUCCAUUAUUAUUUAUAGAAUGGAGAACUUUUGGAAAUUUUAGUAUACUGUCUCAUUUGGAUAUUUAUUAUUUAUUUAUUUUUUUCAAUUGAAAUAUUUUCUAAACUUAACGUUCAAAUAGGCAAUAUAACUAUGUAAGUUUUGGCAGAAUAAUCCUUAGUUCCAAGAAACUCCUUUUUCACAGAGAAAUGUGGUAUCUUAAAACUAAGUUUCUGAACAUGUUUCUGCCAGAAAACCUAUACAUAAAUACUGUGUUUGUAGGUAGGUAUUUGUAUUAUUACCUAUGAAAUGUGUCUAGGUCAGCACAAAAUCAUUUACUUGGAAGCAAAAAACAAACAAAAUUAUUAGAAGUAUUAUUUUCGUAUAAAUAUGGAAUUGACAAUAUUCAUAUCAGUUUUUUCAUUUAAGUAAUUCUUAACUGAGUUUUCUAAUGGUUAUACUAUUUCCUAAAUUAUUUUGAAAACUGCAAUUCUGUUAUUGCAAAGUGAUAGCAAAACCAAUAAAUUGGCAAAACAUUUCUCCUAUUUUGUCAUUGUUUAUAAAUUAUUGUUUAAGCCUUCUAUUUAUAUUUUUAUAUUAUUGUUUAACAGUAUAUACUGAGUGUAUUAUUUAUAUAAUAAAUGGUAUUUU